ACCCUAAACCCCAAGGGAAGGGAAAGGAAAGGACCUGCCUUCGCUUCUGCUUUGCUUCUGUUCUGGAUUGCUUCCCUUCCUUGCUUCUGUUCUGGAUUGCUUCCCUUCCUUGCUUCCUUCCAACUAUGGCGCCCAAGCGUCGACCUUCUGCGCGCUCCUCUCGCAACGCGCCCCCUCCUGCUACCUCCGCCGAGUCCCUGCUCGCAGAAGCAAGGAGGGUGAAGCAGGCAGCCGAAAGGAAAUUGGAUGGAGCUGCAAAAGUUGGGUCAUUGGAGCAGGCUGUGCUCUUGUUUCAAAAUGCCUUGUCAAUGCGCCUGUCCCUGCCAGUGCAAGAAGAGGCCCUUUUUGAUCUUGGGGAAACCUUUCUAGAAAUGGCAGGUGCUUUGCAAACCAGAGGGUUGCAUUUGGCAGGCAGUCCAUUUCGGAAUGAAAAGAAGAAGGCUCAAGCUUUAGAAAUUCAGAGCCAAGCCUCUGUGGACGCUUCUAGUGCCACCAGGCAGAGCUUCGAAAUGUAUGAGAGAGUGUGUGCUCUUGAAGGUGCGGGAGAGCUGAAGCAGGAAGCUCUUGUGAACUCAGGGAAUGCCUUGUGUGAGUGGGCGUCACUUGCUACAAGUACUCCUGAGAAUAAAGGAGGUGGCUCUGUUAUUGCUGCGGAGCUUUACAAACAGGCUGAUGAGAGAUAUUCACGGGCCUUGGCUGUUACACCUGAGGAUGUCGAACUUCUUACAAACAUUGGGGACUGCUGUGUCCAACGCGCAGAGCUUUUCCAUUCUGCGUUCCAAGUAAGCGGGGUUUCAAAUGUGUCGCUACAAGCAUGGGCACCCGUGAAGGAAAUCUAUGAGCAUGGGUUGCAGGUGUACAACAAGGCGUGUGCUAAUGCUGAUACCCGUAUUGGUGACGACCUUGGAGGAUUGCUGCAGAAUUGGGGCGUUGGUUUAUCGUCGUUUGCAGAGCGUACACCAUGCAUGGAAGAUGCGAAUGAGGCCUACAAGCAAGCUCAUGAAAAGUUCAGGUCAGCCCUUCAAUUUAAGAGAACAGAUAUAACUCUUUUCAUCGCUCUCGGAGAAUCGUUUGCUAGUCAAGCUGAGCGCAUCGCUGCUGAUCCUGCUAUGUUGCAGCAGAUGUUGAACAGCUAUCUAUUGGUGAAUGGCUCGUAUGCUGCAGACUCUGAAACUGCUCGAGGAAGCAGUGAACACUGGCUUUGCAGCAGCGCUCACCAUAGACUCUACGAGUGUCGAGGCCCUCCUAGGCUCAGGCGACGCACACAUGGCAGCAGGAAAGCUCCUUGCCAGCUCGGGGAACUUGGCCAUAGCAAGCACGCAUUGGAAUAAAAGCUUGGAAGUAUUCACGAAGGCAUCCAAGCUUCUAGCAGCUGACGUGGAGUGUAAGUACAAGCUGAGUUAUGAGGAGCAAUGUGAUGUCCUCUACAAUCUCGCAUGCGUAGCUGCACUGCAUGGACAAGAGGCGGACGCUGCCAACGCCUUGAAUCAGCUUGCAUUGACCGAAGCCAUCUCAGCCUACGAUUUAGUCCAGGAUGCCGAUCUGGAGACUUUGCGCUCCAAAGAGUGGUUCGGCUCACUGUUGCAGAAUAAAAGCACUGGCAGUAAUAUGAAGGAAUAAGUCUCUUUUUCUUUUCUUUUUUUUUUAUUAAAUCCAUUGGUAUGUACAAUGCAGUUUCCGUGUGACUGUAAGGCCUGUCACUCGAUGUGUCACUUCCGUGCAACACCACUCUAAAGCAUACAUUAUUCUGAAAACACUGAAGUCUUGUGUGGGAGACUAAUUGUGGUGCGCACCGUAUUUUUCUUGUCAGCAGUCAAUAUGACGGUGUUGAACUUUGCUUUAUCGUCACUUGUUCGAACGUCACUCUUAGCUUCGAUUCAAAGUGACGAACUGUCGGGUGUCAGGUAAGCACGCACGUCAAGACAGUUUCUUUAUGUAUAUUUUAUAUUCAUUAACAAGUUUAUUGAGCAAGAGAAAAA